CUUCUCCCCGGAAAGACAGUCUGGAUGAGGAAAUGUCUUCCCUGAAAGCAGUCAUAUUUUCAUUCUUCUGGGCAUUUAGCCUUGGGCAGAUGUCUUUGGAACAACCUGAAAAAUCAGUUUCUAUGACCCUAGAGAAGAGUGCCACCAUAUCUUGUAAGAUGCACAAUGGAGACUUUUACAACGCAUACAUACACUGGUACCGGCAGAAACGCAAUAAGAACAUGGAACGUUUGAUAUAUGUCUCAACAACAACCCCUGCUAAUCGUCACAUAGAUGGGAAGAGCAAACUUGUGGCAAGUAAAAACACUCAAACAUCUACUGCAACGUUAAUAAUAAAAUCCCUGGAGAAGGAAGACGAGGCUACGUACUACUGUGCAUAUUGUGAUAGCACGGGUUGGAUCAAGAUAUUUGGAGAAGGGACAAAGCUCAUAGUGAUUCCCCGGGAUAAAAACCUUGAUGGAGAUUUUUCUCCCAAGCCCACUGUUUUCCUUCCUUCGCCUGCCGAAAUAAGCCUCCAUAAGACUGGAACCUAUCUCUGUCUUCUUGAGAAAUUUUUCCCUGAUGUAAUCAAGAUAGAUUGGAAAGAAGAGAAUGGCGAUACGAUGCUGGACUCCCAGCAGGGUGAUAUCAUGAAGACUGGGGACACCUACAUGAAAUUCAGCUGGCUGACAGUGACCGGGCAGGCGAUGGGAAAAAAACACAAAUGUAUCGUCAAACAUGAGUUCAACAAAAGAGGGAUUGAUCAGGAGAUUCUCUUUCCUUCUAUAAGAAAUGGUAUUUUAAGUAGGAAAAUGACUGUAUGCUUCAGAAUACAGUAUGAAGAACUGCAACUACUGUUCACGAUCAACUCUGCUUAUUAUACCUACAUCUUCCUCCUCUUCAAGAGCACCCUCUAUUUGGCCAUCGUCACUUUCUGUCUGUUUAGGACAACAGCAAUGUGUGGCAAUGGGAAGAAUUCAUAA